GGUUAAAGCCCAGUUGGCUGUCCUGUUUACUAAAGAAAGGUAUUGAACCUUUUGUUUGCAAUGAAAUUCAACAAUUUCAACAGAAAUGCUUAGAUGAUAUAUGUUACAGCAAUGGAUUAUUUAGUGGGACUUUUUGUUCAAAUUGCUGUACAGAAAAUGUUAUUAAAUGUCCAACAAAUAGAUUAUGUAAUGUUGGACGUGGACAAUGCAGUUAUCAUCGAAAUGCUGCAACAAGGUAUAAUCCUGCCGGCUGCCCUAACAAGAUAUGUCAUAAUUUCACAACAGAGAUACAGAAUGCACAUAGGUUCUAUGGUCCAUCAUACAAAAACACUGAUGCUACCCAAUGGUGCAGUAAUUCAUGGGAGAUAGCGAAAUGUUUCAUGCCCCCUGAUGGAUAUAAAGAUGUAGCUAGUGCACAAGAAACAGACUUCAAUGGCAUCAUUAGUGUUAUCAUUAAUUACAAAGACUUUCAGUUGAAAGUACAUGAAAAGCUAGGCAACAAGAAAAACAUUUUUGAACAGGCAAGAGACAUUGGUAGGACUGUAAGACAUUCAUCAGAAUUAGAGGUGGAGGACAAAGACCUUCAACAAUACUUUAAAGUAUUACAGCAACUACUUUCUGAUCCCGUAUAUUUAGCUACAGACACACAUGCACAAAGUGCAAAACAGAAAAUCAUAGAUCUUGAGAAUGACAUAUUGGUUAUUGGUAUAGAUGAUGUAAGGAAAGCAUUAGACGAUGUGGCAAAAGCAGUUCGGGAUAAAAUAAGAACUGAAAUAGAUGAACAGAAGAAGCAGUCAGAAGAGAUUAAACUUGAAAUGAUUCAAAGAAAACAGGAUGAUCUUCGGUCUCUUGAGUCUAAAACUGCUGAGGGAGUGAAAACACUUGACAACCUUACUAGUGAGGGAGCCAAGAAAAUUAAAGAAGGAAGUGAUAAUGCAGUAAAUGUUAUUGAAUCAAGUUCAAACACAGGACUGAGCAGAAUAAAACAAGAAACUAACACUUUAAUAGAUAGUUUUGAUGUCAAAACUAAAAAUACAAUUGAAGAAUCUGUAAAAACUCUUAGGAUUCAGAGUGGCAAUGAACGAGAAAGCAUAGCAGAACUGGGGAAGAAAGAAAAGAAAGAAAUGAUAGAAUUAGGAGAGACUUUACAGAAAACUCUUUACACUAGAAGUAUAGAUGACAAAGAGGAACAAUAUAUUACAUAUAGAAAAAAACUUAAAGAUGAACUAAUUAAAUGGUACAACACCAAUCAGAGUACUGUUCCACUUUCACCACUGACAGAUGACUUAGAUUCGCCGCUAGCUGGGUUUUACGUCAUGCCAGACAUCGAUAUACAUACAAACAUAUUCAGCCAAGAGAGGGAAACCACUAGAGUCAAGUCAUUAGAAGAGGUCUUUACAUCCAGUGGGAGGGUUGUACGGGAAAUAUAUUUGUCAGCUGAUGCUGGUUUUGGAAAAACUGCAUUUUCAAAAUAUCUGGCCAUAACAUGGUGUCAAGCUCAUCAAAAAGAUCAAAACUACAAAUAUUUUAAAGAAGAAGAACUAAAGGCCUUAUCUGGCUUUGAGUUUAUAUUCCUGGUGUUAUUAAGGGAUUCAGUUCAAGUCUGUAACAUUGAUGACAUGAUCGAACAAAAAAUUAUAAAAUGUCUUCCUUGUUCGUCAUCAUUACCAAAAGACUUUUUAAAAGAAAUUUUGAGUCGUGAAAAAUGCUUAGUUAUUUUGGAUGGGCUAGACGAAUGGACUCAUCCUGACAAUGCUUGUACAAGAUCACAUGAAAAUCUUCCUCACCGAUACGCACGAGAAAAUUGUGCAAUCCUAACAACAACCCGGCCAUGGAAGCUUGGUGUUUCAAACUUGAGGACAAGUCAAAUGGACAGGACAAUAGAGUUAGCUAAAUUAAAUAAGAAGUCAGUAAUGACAUUACAGUUAAAUGCAAUUCGAGUGAUGAAAAAAGGCCUUUGUGAACAUGAAAUGAAGAAACAAAGGAAGGACUUAAAUAAAGUUAUAAAACGAAGUGGUCUCAACAACCUAAAAGCAGUUCCUCUCAUUUUAAUGUACAUUGUAUGUUUAUGGUGUGAUGGUAAACCUAUUGGACAGUCAAAAUGCCAACUUUAUACAAGUAUAGUAGAACUGCUUCUGUCAAGAACACUGAAUAAACAUCCAGAACUAGAAACAGACACCAACCCUUCCCAGGAUGAUCUCCCACAAUGCUUUAUUAAACAUGUGAAAUGCCAAAAAUACAGCAAGCUUAUAACGGUCUUAGGAAAACUAGCUUUCCAUACAUUAUUCAAUGUUCAGAAAGAAAAUACCCUUGUAUUCAACAGAUCUAUUGCUGAAAAUUAUCUUUGUCCAGGUAAUUUAAAAUUAAGUUUACUUUCAGGAAUACUAACAGAAAGUAAAGUGAAAACAUAUACAGAACAAAAUUCAAAAGUAUCCUUUUCCCACAAAACUGUUCAGGAAUUCUUUUGCGCAUCUUACAUAAGUGUUCAAACCAUAUCUGAUAUACAGAAAGAAAUUGUAGAAAAAUGCAGAACUGUGCAGCAUAUUCUAGAUAUGUCAACAUUGUUUAUGUUUAUUAGUGGUAUGAAACCCGAAAUCAUGUCUUCAGUCUCACAUGAAUUUAUGAUUGUGAUAAACAAUGAUGAGAAAACAAAGAAAUACAGAACUAUGACAUUUUAUUUUAACUAUGACCACAAACCAUUAUUAGUUAUACAAGACAUGAACAUUUCUUGUGCCAAAGAAAGCCAGGAAAACAAAGACCACAAUUUGUGUUUACAAGAUUUCUUCAUUAAUGAGAAAUGUCAACAAGAAAACUACUUCAAACAGUUACAACAUUUGUGCCAACAAAAUAAAGAAAACAUAAAAUCAAUAAUGAUAGAAAAUAAAGGUAUUUGUAGUGUACAAGAAAUAAUCAAUUUGUUUACACUCUCUGACCUUCCACAUAUAGAGAAAUUAUCCUAUCAAGGUGAUAUUGUAGAAGAGAAAAUAAUAAGCUUGUUAUUGAACCCUUUAAAAUGUUUAACUGUGAUAUCAAGUAAAUGGGAAAAUCAUAAGUUUGUAGGAAAACGUUGCCAGCUGUCUGCAGAGAUAAAUAGAGGACUGGUAAAAUUACAACACCUGGAGUGUUUAUCUAUAGAAUGGUUCACUAUGAGCCACGAGGUAAUGGAGACAUUGUUAAAUUUCCUCACUAGUAAAAAUUCAAUGAAAGAAAUAAAAUUGUACAAUUUAGACUGUAGUGAUCAUGGUACUUCAUGUAGAGGAUUAAACUUUGACCUGUCUCAACAUUCACAACUAAGAAGUUUAGGAUUUAUCCGGAUACCUGUGUCACAAUUAAAUACGGAUGUAUCGUUGUUAGAGGAUUGUGAUGUAGGUGCAUUAUAUAAACCUGGUGUUGUGUCAUCUUACCUCAGUCAACUACCAGCAGCCGGUAAACUACAAAGAUUUGAGUGUUGUGAUCUAGAAUCUUCCAGUGACAUAGAAACAAUGUUACAAACAUUAUCAUUGUUAUAUCAUGUGAAAGAUGUUAGGUUGUAUUACAUCAAUCUAGGUGAAAGAUCAUUAACACUGUCACCUCAAAUGAUCAAUAUUGAAUCUGUUAACUUGUUGUAUAUAACAAUGUCUUGUUCAGUGUUACAUGAUCUCAUUUCUGUUAUAAACAAACUACCACAUACAGUGACAGUACUUAUACAAGGUUGUGAUAUAAAACCAGAAACAGAAUUUGAAAACUUUAAAACAUUUAUAAAACAAUCAGACAAUUUUGUGGUAACCAUUUGUGGCACCUUGAAGUCUGGAGUGUACAGGUUUGAGUUUAAAACAACAACAAGUACUGAGUAACCUUUAAUAAACUUAGGAGAAACAAUUUAUAAAUAGAUUAUGAGACAAAUGACAGGUGAAAUGGACAUCAUUUUUUUAUUAUGAAUCAAAUAUUUAGAUAGAUAAGGAAAAGUUUAAAAAUGUGUUCACAUAAUUAGAAAAUGGAAGUGUAAAGAUGGACUGAUAUUUAUUUAUACCAAUAUCAAAAAUUA